AUGAUGUCUAGUAAUGCAUAUAGAUCUAGUGAGUGUAACAGGUUUCGUAGUACAUCCUCAACAGAUAAGUUGCAAGAUGCAAGACAAACACGGUUGUGUUGUACUCGUUUGCAAGAGGUGCAUACAAAGGUGAACUGUGAACCAGUGAGCAAGUUCAGUGAUAAGCUAAAUGUAAACUCCAGGCCUUACUCCGAAUUGUGUGACGAUAACGUUGUUGUGAAGAAGUCUGUAGUUGCAACUGGUAAGCCGUUGCUGAAUAGAGUGUCACAGAAUAGAGUUACUGCUUCAGAGUGGAGUUCUGACUCCAAAAGUUUACAAAGUAUAACUAGUCAGAGUGAAGAUGUAAAAACCUUAAUGAUUUGUGAGGAGGAACCAAAAUUGUCUACUUCUGUUAUUAAAGAGUUUGAAAAUGAUGAACUUGACGGUAAAUUGGAUAUAUGUGAUAAUGAUCAUGAUAGUGCAGAUUUGUCUUUGGUUGAUCAUGAUGAAAUGGAGGGAUAUGCCUACUACUGCUAAGUUAAAUAAAGGUUCUGUACAACUUGAACGUGAAGUAGAAAUAAAUGCAGAUUCAGUUGCAGAAGGCAUGCAUACUUGUGAGACCGUCAGUGUAAUUGAUCAGCGUGUAGCCCACCUAUCAUCAGAUGAUAGUGCUAAACCCGAACUAGUAGUGAAAGACAGCAGUGGUGGUAAUCUUGCAGUUGGACAACUAUCUGAGAGCCGAACAAGAACAGCUUCUGAUCCACCACUAAGUUCAUCACCUUGUGUCACUCAGUCAUCGUUGGUGUUUUCAUCCACAAUGAAACAGAUGCCCAUCAACUCAAGUAUCUUGUGCAAUGACUAUGGUAGUAUCAGUUCGUUUGAAAGGACGAAUAUCAAUGGUCAGUUUAGUGUGGAUAAGCCAAGUGUAAACGAGAGAGUAGUUGUUAAAUUGACUUGCACGAAUAAAGGCAUUUCUAGUUUCAAGUUACUAUUUGAAUGUUAUUAUCUUUGGUGUAAAUUACUCUGUUUCUACACUUGGUUGAUGAGAUAUGUCGUGUGUUUGUUCGUCAUCUAUAUUCUACGAUACAAUGACAUGAGCGUGUUGCCGUUCAGAUUUGAGGAUAUAGCUGAUAGAAGGAAGUUAGCAAAUGAACUCUGCGACGAUUUUCCAACCUAGAGCGUCAACCUGAGAAGGGUUGUAGGCGUACUGCUGUAAGUCCUACAAUUCUUCAAAGGGUAGCGCAUCAAUGAGCAGUCCAAUGUGCUUGGUGUGUGAUUUUGUACAUAUGUUCAUAUUGUAUAUACUGAAUUGAUAUCAUCUGUCAUCUAGCUGUUGGUAAUUCUGUUUGUGUCCGGACGACUUCCACUUGGAUCAUCAACCUGAGAAGGAAUGUAGG